AUGAGCGUCCCAACACUGCAGGAAGUGAGAACAUCCGAGGCGGCAGUCCCCGUUUUAGAUGACAGGGCAGUGUCUUGGUCUGAUGCAGAUGUGUCGACAACCCGUGCGCCAUCAGAGGCCCAGGAGGUCAACUCAAAUUCCGAGACAGCUGAAGCGGAGGACGCCGCGACUAUUUUGGAAUUCCUCGCUUGGGGAAAACGAAAAGUCCCUGAUUUCGAUGAAUUAGCCGAUCCGACUGCACCCUCCCAAUCUCCUGUGGACAUAGACGUCUCCUUGUAUGAACCUGGGGACCCUCCUUCGCUGCGUCUCACAGACGAUCCAUCCUCACUCCCAGUUCUACAGCUUUUACUUCCGGAACCGCCGACUUUAGUCCAGAUGAUCGGCUACCACUGUGAGUGUCUGCUAUGGUAUCAUGCAUCUUUUCAUGGUGGUAUAUUCCAAGAACAGGUCGAUCGGUUUCUCAAACAACAAGGCCGGAUCGAUGACCAGCGAAUUGAUCUCCAAUGGACUGCACUUCUAUUUGCAGUCUUGGCAGGCAGUUUGACCUGCGCUCCCCGUCAGGUCUCCAUUUCAUGGGGGUUUGAAGAUAGAGAGCGUGCGACGCUUGCCCAUCGAUUCUUUAAAGCCGCACUGAUCUGCCUAAGCCUUGCAGAUUAUACGGCCCGUCAUUCCCUAUAUGGCGUCCAAUGCAUCGCAACUAUGACUCUAAGCGCUCACUUGCUGGGCCAUUCUAACAGCCACUCCGUCAAACUAGCUUCUGCAGUGCGAAUAGCACAGAGCUUAGGCAUGCAUAGACUUGGUGGGGAGACUGAUGAUCAUCCGUCCAGCCGAGCAAGAAGGGAAAUUGGCCGACGGCUGUGGACUGAAUUAUGUAUUCAGGACUGGUUCUCGAUCCCAUUUUCAGAAAGCUACCUAAUCCAUCGACGGGAUUUCAAUACAAAGAAGCCUCAAAACUGUAUUGAUGAUGGUGAAAUGAGCACGGUACCCGACAGUAGACCUACGCUUGUGACCUACCAUCGCUGCUUAUAUGACAUCGCAAUCAUCAUGCCUCAGCUCCAGGAUGACCUAUCCGUGUCACAUACAUUGUUUGCAAAAUAUGAACAUGUCAUCCGGUAUGAUACGCAAAUGCGUACACUCGUGAGCAAACAUAUUCCGUCUUGUCUGCGGAGUAAUGCCAUGGACUCGUCGUGGCCCAGGUAUAUCCCUUGGGCCAGACAUUGUCUAGCCAUAAGCUCCGCACAUAAGAUAAUCAUGAUCCAUCGCAAGUUUCUUUGGUCAAGCUUUACAAACCUUGCCUUCGCUUUUACACGCAAAACCUGUAUUGCUGCGGCGAAAACUAUCAUUCGUGAGCAAAAACAAGUCAUCAAGGAAGAUGGGCCGGUUCUAUGGAUUUACCACGCGUUCAGCGUGGCGGCUAGUGUACGUGUCAAUGUUUCACUUCUUCGCGCACCAAUUUGA